AGAAUCGAGCCUCUCUGUCAUCACUGUAAAAGUUCCCCAACAAUGAAUCCGACGGAAGAUCUUCUCUCGAUCUAUUUUCCAGAUUGCAUCGACACUGACGCAGACGCAGACGCAGAUGCCGGCUUCGACGCUGAAAAUGACCAUAGCGAUGAGUUUUUGUCCAAUAUUGAAAAGAAUGUGAUCGUUGAUAUUCGAUCUUUGUGGCUAGAGACGGUAAUCCAACGGCGAUCUCAUUCAAUCGUAUUUCAGGCCAGUUGUGAUGUUCAAUUUCUUCGGGUUUCUAACGUGUAUUGCGUAAAAAUCGGUGAAGAUGAUCUUAUAGGUUUGAAGCUACCGCAGAUAUUCAAUAUCUUUUCUGUUUCGUCCUAGUUUGGUAUGUGUUUUAUCACUUUUGAUAUUAAUCUGUUGAACUUGUAACUAGUCUGUGUGUCUUUUAGAGCUUAAUAUUAUCCUGAAUUUGUCAAGAUUCUCUUAUUUUUAGAUUUAGGUGAAGAUUUGUAAAAGCACUAUACUGGGAAAGUCUUUUAGCUUCUAUGCCAUGUAUUUGCAUACAUUUAGCAUUAGUUCGAUGGCAUCAUUUUUGCUUGCAUGCAAUUCUGACUCUUUUUAAAAUGCGCCUUGUACAAAGUUCUGUUUUCAGUAGUUUUCUUUUCUUAAAUUUAUGAUAUGCCGAAGAAAUGAAACGAACUUUA